UUUCUGCAACACGAUCCCGCCAACGAAACUCUUUUACUCUCACCUUGACGAAAAAUUCCAAAUCCCAAAUCCCAAAUCUUCGUCGUCCUCUCUCGCUUCUCUCGAUUAGAGGAGAACACAGCAACUGAGGUUUUCUUAUGAUCUUCAUGAAUCGCUCACCCAAAGCCCUAAUUUUCCAAUUCUUGGUGCGAUCUUCCUAGACCUAUUAUCUUCAUUCAGCAGUAAGAUUGGAAGAUUGAAGCGUCAUCUCUUACGAAACCAUGGUUUUGUGUAAUCACUGUGGAAGCAACGUUCCCAUGGCAUUCAAAUGUACCGUGUGUAAGAUGAAAUUGGAGAAUUUCAAUACUUCUACUGAAGUCAGAUUCGUCAAUGAUGCGGCAGGCCAGAACCAAGCGUCAGGACACAUAGUGAAGAGUGUUCAGGGCGGGAUUUCAAGCUCAUUUGAAAGGAAAACUGAAACAGGAAACAUAGUGAGGAGUGCUCAGGGUGGGCUUUCAAGCUCAUCUGAAAGGAGCACUAAAACAGGGGUGGAAGACCAAUCUAAGGAGAUUGUUAUGGACAAACUGAGUGAACUUCGUAUUGAUGUGCCUCAGUCUUCCAACACUUCUUUUAUAAAGCAUUGUAUAAAGUGUGGUUUGCGUGUGGAGAAAUGCCCGUGCGAGUCUGUCCAAGACUUUUAUGUUGUCCCAACGCAUAAGUAUGGGCAUGAAUCAUUUCGGCUGCUCAGGCUUCCAGUUACAAGGAUGGGAAAGGUCUUAGGAAUCGUUGGGGCAAACUCUAUCGGUAAAACAACCUCUGUGAAGAUUCUUGCUGGAGAACUCAAACCAAACCUUGGCAACGUUAAGAAUCCUCCUGAGUGGGAGGAAAUUAUACCCCACUUCCAUGAUUCAGAACUUGAAAGCUAUUUCACCCGAAGGCAAAAAAAGACUCUAAAGGUCCUUGUGAAGCCGGCUCUGAAAGAGACGAAGGUAGCUGAUUGGAAAUGUAAGAACUUUUGGGCCAACUGGGUGCUUUAUGAGGUCCAGGAUAGAGGUCGUGAGGUAUUGGACAAGAUCUGUAAUGAUCUGGAGUUGCACAACCUGGAGCGUUGUGUAGAAGAGUUAUCUGCUGAUGAGCUGCAAAGAUUCCGGAUUGCUCUAGUUGCCGUGCGGAAAGCGGAUGUUUACAUCUUUGAUAACCCAUCUACUUUCCUUGAUGUGAGGCAAAGACACAAAGCUGCCCAAGUUAUACGUUCCCUCCUAAGACCUGACUGCUACGUUAUUGUAGUGGAGAAUGACCUUAGCGUCGUUGACUUUGUGGCGGAUGAGAUUUGUCUUCUGUAUGGGAAACCAGGAAAAUAUGGUGUCGCCACACUUCCUUUCUCUGUCAAAGAGGGAAUCAACGUUUUCCUGUCGGGAUAUCUCCCGAGAGAACAAUUUCGAUUCAGGGAUGACUCCCUCUCUUUCGAGGUUUCCAACAACAUAACUCCGCAAGAUGAGUAUAUGAAGGUAUAUGGAAGAUACCAGUACUCAGACAUUAGUAGAACAGGUGGACUAAAUCUGAACAUAGUGGGAGGAGAGUUCGAUAACUCUCAAAUAGUUGUUGUUGUUGGUCCAAGGUAUACUGGGAAAUCACUCUUUCUUGAGUUCCUGGAACGUAUGCAUCCACGUGUGUCAUACAAACGGGAACAUAUUGGUUAUGCUGGUUGCGAGUUGGCGACAGUCAGAAGACAUCUAAAUUGCUUGAUUCCUGGUACCAUUAGAGAUUGUAGGUUCAGAGUUGAUGUGAUGGAACCGCUGGGGAUUGUUCAGUUGUUCGAACAAUCCGUCUCCACACUCUCUGCUUCUGCGUUGCAGAAGCUUGCAAUAACAAUCUGCUUGGGAAUGCACGCAGACUAUUACUUAAUUGAUGAGCCGGGUAGGCAUCUGGACAUAGAGCAGAAAAUCUGUGUUUCAAAGGUUAUAAAGCGCUACACUCGGUACAUACAGAAACCGGCAGUAGUUGUUGAGCAUGACUUGAUGAUGCUGUACUAUUUGGCGGACCGAGUGGUUUUAUUUGAAGGGAAGCCACAUGUUACUGGAAUUGGCCAUGCUCCACAAUCACUUGUUAGUGGAAUGAACCAGUUACUACAGGAACUGAAUAUUACCGUGAGGCGGGAUCCGGCAAAUAUGGUUCCUCGAAUAAACAAGGUAGGAUCUUUAGAAGAUGAAGAGCAAAAGUCUGCCGGAAAGUAUUUUUCUGAAGACUGAUAGAGGAAAGUAUUUUUCUGAAGACUGAUAGAGCAAAAGUCUGCGGGAAAGUAAAUGAUAAACUGCAAAACAUUACUUAGAAACCCGAACACAUUUUUUCCUUUGGGUUCUUCUGUUUUCUAGAAUAAAAGUACAGAACAACCAACAUGGCGUUGAUUCAUACCCACGUAACGGUACAUUUUUUUUUUUUUUUUCACCCACGUAACGGUACAUUGUUUCCUUUGAAAUAUAUGUUUGUUUAGUAUUGUAAGAUACAUAUUUCGUUAUAGCA